CUGAAAGAGUGUGAACAGCAGAAUAUUGCAUAAGUCACUGUUUGCAGAUUUCCCUCUGAGAGAAGUUACACUCGAUGUAGACCUUUGAUCGACAGCGGCUGGAACUGCAGGAUUCGUUUCGAUACUUCAUCUCGCUCGCGUUUACAUGGAAGUAUCUUCAAAAAGGAAAUCAACCUGUCGCCGUGUGGGGUUUGUUUGGAUACCUGACACAUUUGGGGUUUAUUGCUGUUGCUGAGUAAUCACGAUUGAGGGAAGAGAAUAAUGCCCAAAGAUUUCCAGUGGAGCCGCUGCUGCAGAAAUGCCCUGAGGCCCGGUCUGGACUGAAGCCAAGGUGAUAUGCAUUGAGGAUGAGUGCUGUCGGGGAAAACUCUUCGGACCCUGCCAGGUCAGAGGCUCAGAAGCGCAAGGAAGGCCCAUCAGACCUCCUGGGUCCAAGUCCCAAACGAAGUACAGAAAAACGUAACCGGGAACAUGAAAAUAAGUACAUCGAGGAGCUCGCCGAGCUUAUUUUCGCAAACUUCAAUGACAUUGACAACUUCAACGUCAAGCCUGACAAAUGUGCAAUCCUAAAGGAAACCGUGAAACAGAUUCGUCAAAUUAAAGAGCAAGAGAAAGCCGCUGCAGCCAAUGAGGAUGAAGUGCAGAAGGCUGAUGUGUCGUCGACAGGCCAAAGUGUUAUUGACAAAGAUGCCCUUGGACCAAUGAUGCUGGAGGCCUUGGAUGGGUUCUUCUUUGUGGUGAACAUGGAGGGUAACAUCGUGUUUGUAUCGGAGAAUGUGACUCAGUACCUGCGCUAUAAUCAGGAAGAGCUGAUGAACACCAGUGUGUACAGCAUCCUGCAUGUAGGAGACCAUGCCGAAUUCAUCAAAAAUCUCCUGCCGAAGUCACACGUGAACGGAGUGCCGUGGUCCAGCGAAAACCCUCGGCGGAACAGCCACACCUUCAACUGCCGCAUGCUUGUGAACCCUCACAGCGAGGCCGAAGAGACGCAGGAUCACGAGGCACAGCAGAAAUAUGAGACUAUGCAGUGUUUUGCUGUGUCUGAACCAAAGUCCAUCAAGGAGGAGGGAGAGGAUUUCCAGUCGUGUCUGAUCUGCGUGGCGCGGCGAGUGCCCAUGAAAGAGAGACCGAUGCUCCCCACGCAGGAGAGCUUCACCACCCGCCAGGACCUCCAAGGUAAAAUCACAUCUCUGGACACAAGUCUGUUACGAGCAUCUAUGAAGCCAGGCUGGGAAGACUUGGUGCGAAGAUGCAUUCAGCGUUUUCAUCUUCAGAACGAUGGAGACAUUUCGUUCGCCAAACGACAUCAGCAAGAAGUGAUAAGGCACGGGCAGGCGUUCAGUCCCAUCUACCGGUUCUCCCUGUCCGACGGGACCAUCGUCUCUGCUCACACCAAGAGCAAACUGGUUCGCUCAUCCUCUACCAACGAGCCACAGCUCUACAUGUCCCUGCACAUCUUACAGAGGGAGCAGCCUGUCUGUGGCAUGACCUCUGAUCUUGGAAAUGCUCAGACCAUGGGGAAACCCAUGAACCCCAUGAGCUCUCCAAACACAGCGGGCUCCUCGAGCACCCCCCAGGGGCAGGACGCCACCAUCAGCAGCAACACAUCCACUUUCCCUUCCCCUGGUGCCCAGAAGGAGCCUGGUGCCAUGCACCGUUUCGGCUGCCCGGGAACCAUGAGUCAUUCAGCAACCAUGCAGGCGGCCACCCCUCAGGGCAGCGGGUAUCCCCUGAAGCUGAGCAGCCCGUCUCAGGGUAGUCCGGGCAUGCUUUCUCCACGUCACCGAGCCAGUCCCGGAGUAGCAGGAUCUCCACGCUUACCCCCUCCACAGUUCUCUCCAGCGGGAAGCCUCCAUUCACCUGCCAGUAUGUGCACUAGCAGUACUGGUGGCAAUGGGGGAGCAGGGGCCAACCACGGUUACACAAGCAGUUCGCUUAAUGCCCUCCAGGCACUUAGCGAAUGCCACGGCGUGAGCCAUGGCCAAUCCCUGGGCUCGCCUGACAGAAAGUUAGGGUCUCCAGCUGCACAUUCGGUAGCUGUCAAUCUUCACCUAUUCAACAAAAUGGGUGCGCCUGAGUCAUUUGGAGAGCAGAACCAAUCAGAGCAGGGCACCACUGGGCAGGAAGAUGGCAGUGACAUGCCAAGAGAUGAAAAGGGUAACCUUGGCCAGUUCAGCAACCCGGACGGCAGUGACCCUCAAAGCCGACUGCGCGACAACAAAAGUCACACUAAACUCCUGCAGCUCCUCACCACUAAAACUGAGCCUAUUGAAUCCACUUCACCCCCUCCGAUGGCUGGUGGAGAACCUGGGUGUAAAGAUGGCGGCGCAGGGAACGGCGGCAUUGGUUCUCAAGGUGGAAACGGGUCACAUGCUACCUCCCUGAAGGAGAAACACAAAAUCCUUCACAGACUCCUCCAGAACAGCUCGUCGCCUGUCGAUUUGGCCAAACUUACAGCUGAGGCCACAGGGAAGGAGCUGUGUCAGGAUUCUGCUGGCGGGACGGCUGGUGUGGCCGAGUUGGCCAUUAAACAAGAGCCUGUCAGUCCCAAGAAGAAAGACAAUGCCUUGCUGCGCUACCUACUGGAUAAAGAUGACAAUGUACUCAAGGGUAAAGGCAUUAAAAUGGAGCCUGGAGAGAUCAAGGAGGAAGGGGGCAAGAUGACAGGGAUUAAGACAGAGAAAACUGAUGGUGGCUACGACCGUGUGGAACCGUCGAGUGAGCUGGAUGAUAUCCUGGAUGAUCUUCAGAACAGUCAGCCGGGCCUGUUCACUGACUCCAGGCCCGUGUCUCUGCCUUCUGCUGUGGACAAGCAGUCAAUCAUCAAUGACAUCCUGCAGAUGACAGGAGAGAGCGGAGCUAACAUGAGUCCUCAACAGCAGAGAGCACUGCAGACUGCAGUCAGCCAACAGAAUUUCCCUGCUCCGCGGCCCGGUCAGCCUGGCAGAGCUCCUCCAGUCAGAAGCGUGUCUCUGGACAUGAACAUGCCUACUAAAAGCGCUCAGGGUCAGUAUCCUAUGAUGAGGAACAGCAACCCCUACUCAAUCAUGCAGCAGCAAGGCAUGAUGGGAAACCACGCCGUCAUGCCCAAUCAGCCCAACAUGGUCAACGCAGGAGUCAUGGGUAAUAAUGGUCCCCGAGUAGGCAUGCAGCAGGACGGUUGGGGUGCUCAGGGUCCCGUCGGCAGCGCAGCUUCACCCGCCACAGCUGCUCCCGCUGGCCAGCACUCUCACCCGCAGGGGGCGCUGCACACCCGCAUGGUGCCCAAUCCUGCCACAGGAAUGCCCAUGAGACCCAACAGCCAGCCUGGACCCAGACAGAUGCUGCAGCCCCAGAUGAUGGCCAAUGCUCAGUCAAACAUGGACAUAGGCAUGGCUGGCCACCAGUUUCCCCAGCAACAAGCACCGCCCAAUCAGACAGCUCCAUGGCCAGACAGUGUGAUGCCUAUAGAGCCGGUGCCGUUUGGGAACCAGAGCAGUUCCAUGUACGGCGGGUCUCAGGAGGAGGUGUUGUGCCCUCCUGCCUCUGAGGGUCCAGCUGAUGAGGGGGCUUUACUCAGCCAGCUCUACACAGCCCUCAAAGAUUUUGAUGGCCUGGAGGAGAUUGACCGUGCGCUUGGCAUCCCAGCAUUAGUGGGACAGGCUCAGCCGGUGGAGCAAGAUCAGUUCCCUGCUCAGGACCCUAGUAUGAUGAUGGAUCAGAAGCCACCUAUGUACGGCCAGCAACAGUACGCCUCCUCCCCAGCAAACAUGCAGCAGGCCGGAUACACACCCAUGCAGGACGCCACUUUCCACGGUUUGCAAGGACAGAUGGGACAGAGACCCGGAUACCCAAUGCUCCGAAUGCAGGCUAGACCGGGACUCAGACCCAGUGGAGUCGUCCCAAACCAACCCAAUACACUCAGACUGCAGCUUCAGCACAGGCUACAAGCACAGCAGAAUCGUCAGCCUAUGAUGAAUCAGAUGGGUGGAGUGUCAAAUAUGAACCUACCUCUCAGACCCAACGUUCCGAAUCAGGGGACAAUCAACGCUCAGAUGCUGGCCCAGCGGCAGAGAGAGUUGCUGAGUAAUCAUCUACGCCAGCGGCAGCUCGACCAGCAGCGGCAGCAGCAACAGCAGCAGCGCAGUCUGGCCAUGCGGGCGCAGGGCCUCACCAUGCCACCCAACAUGGCGGCAGCCGCAGCAGGCAUGCCGGGAGCCAUGAGCAACCCGCGGAUUCCCCAGGCCAACCCUCAGCAGUUCCCCUACCCGCCCAACUACGGUACAGGACUGGCCUCGCCGCCCCCUUCCACCAGCCCUUUCUCCCCCGGUUCACCCAACCUCCCUGCCCCUCAGCUGCUCUCCCACAGCGCCAUGCAUGGCUCUCAGAUGAGUCUAGCUAACCAGGGGAUGCUGGGCAGUCUGAGCGGACAGUUUGGGGCUGUUAUGAGCCCUCAAAUGCAGCACAGUGCCUUUCAGUUCCCCAGCUCAGGUAUGAGUCAGCAGUCAGACGGUGGGUUUGGUGGCGCUGCGACCCCUCAGAGCCCCCUCAUGUCACCCAGGAUGGGUCACGCUCAGAGUCCCAUGAUGCAACAGGCGCAGAGCAACAGCUCUUUCCAGUCGUCUCCGGAUAUGAACGGCUGGCCGCAGGGCAACAUCAACACCAACAGUAUGUUCACUCAGCAGUCGCCACCUCAGUUCAGCCAACAGGCCAACAACAACAUGUACAACGGCAACGGCAUGAACCUCAACGUGUCCAUGGCCGCCAACUCCAGCAACAUGGGCCAACUGGGCAAUCAGAUGAGCAUGAGCUCCAUGAACUCUGGGCCUGGGGCCGGCAUGGCUAACAUGGGCCCCGAACAGCAGAAGUAUUGUUGACCCAGAGCAGACAUCAUCCCAAUGCAGUAAAGCGAGUUUGAUGAAGAUGUUUGAGUGAUUUUCAGCUGCAGCGUGAUCAAGGAGAGUUUGGAGUGAUGCUGUGCUAUUUAAGCUGCUAUCGGGGCUGUGCGGGUCUUUAGAGAGCCUGUCCACUGCCCCCUACUGGACAUCUCUAGAGGAUGCAUCAGGGGUACUGGAGCCCGGAGGGGACGGACACUCUCUUUUACACACACACACACACACACACACACACACAAACAAACACUGACACUUUGAUCUUCUGGACCUAAACCGCCCCUUCAGUCGAGCACGGCCUUUCUGUCCCGUACUUACACUGCAAGCCCUUUCCCUCAGUCUGCUCCGCUGCAUUCACCGUAGUGUGACUUAGGUCUCCCCUGAAAAGACUCCGUGGCAGUGGCAUCGGAAUCCUCGUCUCCCAUGAAUGUAUUCCUCACUCUCUUUUUCUCCCGUUUCUUCCUCUGGACUUCAGGCUCUUCUUGAGAAGACAUUAUUUUGCCCAGCCGACUUUCUCUCUCUUUCCAAUCUGAUGUUCCAAAACAGGCAAGAAGACUGCAUUUGAAAUCCACACUCAAAAUUCAGCCAUUUUUGCCUUUUUUUUUCUUCAGAGUGCAAAUAAAGAUAGAAUGAUGUUGAAAUGGCAUACCUAUAGAUUAUGAGAAUUCAGAUAAUGAUGGUUUGUACAAUUAGACUUAAUUUAGUCAAGAGGUUUAUUGUGUAUUAAAUUAAGUUUUAUUCUAAUGUAUAGUUUCUUUUUUUUUUAAUAACAGUGUAGAUUUCUUUAUGAACCGUCGGGUUAGAAAGUGAAACAUCAAUUCAGCGAAUAUGAAAAACUUACCUAUGGAUUUUUAUUUUCCUUGGUCCAGUAGUUUCAGAGAGAAUGUGAUUUUGUUGUGGUUAGUUAAAUGAAAUUCUGGUAGAUUGUAAAUACCAAUAAUGGGGAAUCUCUUUCGUAUUAUAUUUAUUUUUCUUUUCGAAAUAUCUCCCCUUCCUCCUGCCCUCAAAGUCCGGUCUUAACUGUCUCUGAAAAAAAAGAUGGCAGAGUUUCUGACGUCAAGCGUGUUUGGCGGGAAGCUGAGGACGUGCAGAUUCCUGUGGUACUAUAAAAAGGAAGGGGAGCUGCUGUGGUGUUGUCCUUCUUUCCUGGGUGGGGGUCUGGGAGGGUGCUGUGUGUACAGUGUACAGAUACUCGCUUGCUUCUAAGCCUUUAGCCGGGAGCCCCACCGGAGGAACCCCAACACAGCCAUAAACUCAACACUGAAGCCUGCUUUCUUUGUUGUGUGGAGUGACGUGCUUCACGCCAGAUGCUAUAGGUACAAGCAGAAUCCGGUGUGUGUAAGAAAAGACAACAAGCAAUAAAUAUUACUUGAGAUUUUAUUUUCUUUUGUUUUGUAAUUUUUGUACAGGACUAUUCAGGAGACACAUUUUGCUCCCCGGGUUCAAUCUCAGUAUUAAUCAGUUUUUUUUAAUGGUGGUUUCUAUUUUGAAAAAAAGAAAAGAAAAAAAACAACGACGAGAUGUCCAAAUCUACAUGUUCCUCAGUGGAAAAAAACAGGUUUUAGUUCUGGUGUAGCCAAAAAUGAACGAAUAAAUAAAGCAGCAUUUAUGUUUUAGUGGCUUUUCCAACAUUCACACUUGUUGUUCGCCGUUUUGAGAACAUCCAAAUCAACGGUUCAGAUUUGAAUUAACGGUCGCUCCAGUCACGUGAACUCGCUGUAACGUUCGCAAUACAGUUCGUCGUUUCCAGUCUGUUUGAGGACGAAGCCAAAUUUCCUUGCCUUUGAAUUGAUCGGAAGAAUUACACAUACCACUUUCAUUUUCGUUUCAUGUUUGCACACAGGGCAAGUUAUCGGGGUAAGAUUGUUAGCUUUUAGCUUUCGCUGAAAAAUAUCGCCAUGUCAUCUGUGUUUAAGCUGGUGUGUUUAAAAAAUACUACAUGUUUUUUAAGUAUACUGUAUGUACCAGCAGCAGCAACUGAAGUUUGCGACGACCAGCUCUGUCAUUAUGCGCUGAAGGUGCCGUGGUUGUGUACGAAUAUACCUGGUGUUUUUGGUAUGGCUUUAGCUUUUCUUUUUACACUGUAAAUACAAGUUUGAUUUCACAUCGUUUGGGAUGAAGCGUCACUCUGCCCACCAUUCAAAACUUUCUGUAUCCUCAAAGUUGAUUUAAAAGUCGAUUCAAACGAAUUCUUGCUAACAUAGCAUUAUAAACUACUCAAGUACUCAUUUAUUUCAAGCUUUUUGAUCACAAUUUUGAUGAAUGUUGGAUGCCUUGAUCUAGGAGUGACAUCCAGACGCAUCUACUACUAUCAUAUUGGAGAAUAGCCAGUUUUGAGGUCGCACAUGUUACCACUACCCUCUGCAAAGUCCAAAGAUUGUCAAGAUUUUGAAAUAAAUAUAAGCCAUGAUGUGAAGGUGGUGCAGAGUUUUCUAGUCUUUUUAUCAGCGCUAGUGCAAAAAGAGCCAUUUGUCCUAAAACAAAGAAAUAAAUCAAUGGAAUUGUAACGGCUAUUGAAUUUCCUAAAAUUAUUUGUCUUUACCUUAUACCUUUGGAUUCUUUUCUGAGACUUUAAAUGUCUUUUUGUAUAGUCUGCCAAUUUCUUAGAGCUAAAUGCAACGACCUUGAAAUGCUAAAACUUAGCAUAUUGCCUUAGAUCUGUUUUACUGUCUUGUAUAUUACAAAAGUUGUCUGUAUAUUUGUAUAGUGAAUCAUUGACAGGAUCGACCCAGUUCAUUACUGCUGGAUACUCUCUCUCUCUUUCUGUCUCUCUCUCUCUCUCUCUCUCUCUCUCUCUCUCUCUCUCUCUCUCUCUCUCUCUCUCUCUCUCACCUCCAGUCUCAAUAUUGCUCAUUUUCCAUAUUUUUUUUGUUUGUGAUCAGUUGUGGGUUUUAUUAUUUGUACAGUCCUGAUUUUACCCUCUCAGUUGUGUGAGAAUGAAGACGAUGCAAUGGGAAAUCGAAGCAAUAUGUAAUUUAUAAGGACUUUUUGGAGAAAGCUUACAGUGUUGCGCUCCUGAGAUGUAUUUUUUUUCCAGUUGUGGUCACAUAAACAUCUCUGUUCAUCCGCAUCGAUGUGUGUAAUCUUAGUGUGAGCCUUUUAUGCAAAGUUAGAUAUACCGAGAGAAAUUUAAAUACAGUUAUGCAAGUUGUCAACUAAUAUGGCUUUGCUGAUGCUAUUUGAUGUUGAAUCAAAUUGAAUUGUAAAUAAAGAAUUCUGUUAUUGCAACAUUUAUAA